CAGAUGGAGUUUGGCACCUGAAACGUUUCCUGGUGUUGACUCUUCAUUUAACAUUAAGUAAUUCAAGUCAGUUUUUCUGUGUUUUCGUUGGUUUACAGGUCGUCAUGGAGAGGAAAGGAAAUACAGGAUCGACGAGCAGGUCGCUGAAGAAGUUGGGACUUAAUUCUGCAGCUGUGGCUUAUUCAAUGACCACUGUUGGAGCGGCGAUGAUUAACAGCAUCUUCAGCUUCUACUACGUCAAACUUUUCGUCAACAAGUACAGUAUAUCAGAGAGAGCCUUCCACCGGUCACAGGUUGCAUACAUGGUGUGGAAUGCAGUGAAUGACCCUCUUUUUGGAUACAUACAAGAUAACUCGAAGCUGGCAUGUUGCUCGAAACGGCGCCUCUCCAUCCUGUUUGGCGCUCCACUCUACUCCCUGGCUUUUCUACUUCCCUGGUUCCCCUGGCGCUCCUACAGCACUGGUGACUGGCUGAGUGGUAUACACUUGAUAGUGGCACUGUGUGCGUUUGAUGCUAUGCUGACCUUCGUGUUGCUGGCACAGUGUGCACUCUUUGCUGAAAUUUCUGCCCACCAUCACAGCCGCCUACAACUUAUAAAAUACAGCCAGGUAGCUUCUCUCAUUGGCUCGUCCAGCAUCCUCUUCUGUGGUGUGGUGUCCAACAACAUGGAAGAUUUUGCAGCUUUCCAAGCCUUUGCGGUACUGGUUGCUUUCAUCAGCUGUGGCUGUAUGAUGUACUCGGGCUUCUACAGCGAGAGCCGCUUUGAUGAUAAAGGAUCUGGUCCAGAUGAUGUGGAGUGUGCCGCCAAUCAGUCGUCUUCUUUCUCCGGGAUGAGAGUUUUGUUGUUGCAGAUUUUGACCAACAAGGACUUCCAGCUGUUUGUGUUAAUGAACUUCUUCCAAGUUUUUGUGUUAACUUUUUGGAGUAAUUUUACAAUCAUUUUUUCUGACAACCUAAUUCCUCAAGAUGUACUGCCGCCAGUUGCCAAAAGCAUCAUGUAUGGAGCUGGAUUCAUGUGCCCACAGGUGCUGGUCUUGAGCAGUCAGAAUCUGCUCCACCGCUUCGGGUACCACAGGGUCAUCCUCCACACCUUCUACUUGGAGGUGGGAAUGGCUGUAAUCAUGCUGGUGCUCGGCUCAACCCACUCCUAUAUCCUGGCAUUUUUCCUCACAGUUAACAUGGUCAUAGUUCAUGCUACCUUCAGUCUUUUCAACUUGCCUUUGGCUGACAUCAUUGACAAAGAUCUACAGAAAUACAAGCGCAGCUCGCCGCUCUCCUCCAUGGUGUUUGGGACAAAUGCUCUGUUCACCAAACCAGCUCAGUCUCUGGCUCCCAUGUUGACUCUCAAUAUCCUCAACCAGUUUGGAUAUGAACAGCUGAAGGAUGUAGGAGAGAACUCAAAUCCUAGUGAUUUGGAGACCCUCCACAUGGUUAUGUUCUACUUGGUGUGUCUGGUGCCGUUGUGCGUCGCCGCCCUGCAGGUCCUGGCGUGGAAGCCAUUCUCCAUACGCAGCAGUCACACAGUCGAGGCAAAGUAUGUCGACGGCUAAUUGUAGCAGUUUUAUUCUUUGUUGUGUUUGGUUUUAUUUAUAUAUAUAU